AUGUCAGAGGAAUUAAAUACCAACGAGUGGACUUGGAAUGGCUGGACCAACGUUUCUCUAGACAACACAGAAUAUAUUAUAAAUCUAGUCACAAUAUCUAAUAAAAGUUUGAUUUUAGUGUUUGUACCAAUUGCUUUUACGAAUGACAAUAAUCAAGAUGAUGCAAUUUUUGUUGCAAAAUUAGAUGAUGACUAUUUCAUUAGACAAUGCAGUGACCAAGGGUUUCAAAGAGAUAGUAUUAACCAAUUAAAAGCACAUCUUUCUAACUCGAUAUACAACGGAGGUACAAUACAGUCAUUGAGUAAAGUUUCUUUAAAUAUCCAAAUCAUUUUACAAAUCAAUUGUAGCAUGUCAAUAAACAUUUUUCUGCCAAUAAUUAAAAUAUCGAAUGAGGUACUGACACAUAUUUAUAAUACCAGCAUGCAAUAUUUGAUUAGAAAUAUAUGCAUGCAAAAUAUAGAAUCUAAUAUUUUGAAACAAACGAUACAAACGAAAUAUAGGGCCAUACAAUAUAUCUCUGAACAAAUCUGUACAACAAUGGAUGAUAAAGAAAUUAUAAAGAAAUGGGUACCCCCAGGUUCCAUUCAUAGUCGCAGUCUCAAGCCAUUAUCAGAAACGUGGCUUGAUAACACAGUAGUCAAUUCUUAUCAUCAAGCAUAUGAUAGCAAGCCAAUUGCUGAGAAUAAUCAUAUCUCGAAGAUAUUUAAACGUUUUCAAAUGUGGACAACAAAAUAUUUAACAUAUAAGAAAAAAAACUCUGAUAAUUUUUCAGAUAAUAAUAACAAAUCAAUAGAUGUAGGUACAUCAUCAUUUGAUGAAAACUUUGAUUCUUUGAUUAACAUAGAUGAUGAUGAACAUUCACUGGAAGGAUCUUUAAAUAAUAGUGGAAACUCAAUCAGACAAUCAUCAGAUACUGACGUUUCAGAAACAUAUUUUAAUAACGUGAAUGGUAACGCAUUUGAAUCCAAUUCAUAUCAUUUUGAAGUUACACCUGAAUUGCAACAAAAUUCUACAUUUGGAGAAACUCAAGAAGAAAACAGUGAUAUAAAUACUGAUGAACAUGAAACUAUUUAUCAUUCUCCAAAAAAGAGAAGAGUAUUUGGUAAAGUCAAAAGUCAAAAAUGA